GCACAAUCGGCUCAGUUGUGCAAAACUGUUCAGAGUGAAAAGUCAGAAAAUAAGUGAUUAGAAGUUAUUAAUCUGUUACUGAUUGAAGGAGAUUAAAAUCGAUUUUCGUGGCAAUUUUAAUGCAAAGCAUGAUUUGAACGAGCAAUUGAAACUGAUUUGAUAAUAAAAAUAAAUAACAGAGAGCAAGAGAACAAAGUCAGAAGAAAGAAAGGCAUAUUUUGUCGUGUGGAGAGAAUUAAGAGAAAUAGACGUAAAAAUGCGACAACGUUUGAUAGCACUUCUAUUUUUGGUUUUAAUUGACAUUUCAAUAUCAAGUGAAGUUCAAAAAAAUAAUGAAAAGAGAUUAAUAAAUAGUGAAGUUCUGAAUAAGAAACUACUGCCAGAUGUGAAGCAUCUCAUGAAGGAUAAUAUCGAUGGAAAUCGUCAAAAAUUUCUACAUCUACUGAAUGAUUUAGAAGUUGAUGGAUACAAAUUUGUAAAUGAUGCACCGUUCACAAUUAUCAUUCCGAAUAUGAAUUUCGACAUUCAAACCAUAGAUAAGUCAAGUUUACAACAGUUUGUUUUUGAGCACAUCAUACCUGGUACACAAAUCAAAGCAUUAAAAAAUGGAGAAAUUUAUGGAAAUAUGAACCACAAUACUAUUGAAAUAAAAAGUCUAACGCCAGACAAAUGGACAGUCAAUGAUGCAAACGUACUUAAGUUCAAUAGUAUUACAGCCAAAUUAAUUUCUUUUGUAGAAAUCGAUGGAUAUCUUAACGAUCGAAAAAAUAAUAAUGCAAAAAGGAACAUUCAAGAUCAUAACAGCUACAAUGAACCGCAAAAACUUGUGCAAAAAGAUGUUAACAAAUCUGAUGCUACAUCUAAAGGCAAUAAAGUUGGAUUGUUACAAAACUAUUUGUCAACAAUGAAAUCGGGUACGAAAGUAUUUCAACAUUUCUUAUCCACUAGCAAUCUUUCACAAAUUUUGGAAGAUACUUCAGUCAGCUACAUAAUUCUAGUUCCUUCAGACUCCGCAUUUCAACGAUGGCAUCCAAUUGAUUGGGGAUUUUAUCCAUUUAGUGUACCUGAAUUUACAGAAGAUAUUAUGAGGAAUCAUGUUAUUCCUCAAAAACAACAAUUUAAUUUAAAGUUGAUCGACAAAGAGCAUAAAAUGAAAACUCUUGGUGGCGAAAUUGUGGUUUUCAAUAAUCAACCUAUAGCAACUGUCAACAAUGUGUCGAUCAUGUCUAACGCAACCUUGGCUAAUGGAAAUGAUGUUUUUAUAAUAUCGGAAGUAUUAUUCAUGACUGAUUCUAAAGUAUCCAAAUUACAUCAACAAAACAAAGAUAAAGAAACACCUCCAUUAUUAGCUUUCCCUUGGUUUGGAUCUCAAUUCCUAUCACAUGCUUUUCUUGCCCUGGAAAGAGACAACCGUUUUACUCAAAUCACGAGAUUCUUUCAUUUCGCUGAAAUCAUUGCAUCAUCAAUAGUUGGGUCCAAUUACACAUUUUUUGUCCCAUUCGAUGACGCAUUUGAAAAGUAUGGCUUUGAUCAAUUACCAGACACAACUAUUUCUUCAAAGAAAUUUGUCAGCAUGAUCUUGAACCAUUUUGUUAAAGGACGGCUUUACGAUCGUGAUCUUACGAAUGAUGCAGUAUUCGAUACGGUUGGUGGAAAAACAUUAAAAAUCACUAGAGAUUCAUCAGAUCGUGUAUUUGUCAAUGGUGCAAAAAUUGUUGAGUCCGAAGUUUUUGUUUACAAUUUGGGUACAAUGUUUUAUAUCGAUGACAUUUUUUUUCCUGAGAUAUUGGAAAAAGAUUAUAAAUUAGUAACACAACCUACAAAAGAUCGCGAAGAUCGUGAAGAUCAUGAAGAUCGUGAAUCUUCAGAAGACUUUUUUACUACUGAAAUGCCGAAUAUAAUGGAACAACAAGAAAAAUUGACAACAAAAACUAACAGAGAGCCUACAACAUCUGAACAUCACUCGGUUUUACAGGCCUUACUUACAACAAGAGCAGACGUUGAAUUCGUUCCAAGCGCAUUUUCAGAAUUCGCCGAAGAAGUGGAAGAUUUUUCAAAUGCUGAAGUUUUUAUUACGCCUAAAGCACUUCCAUCACGGUUAAUUUCUGCUCCACCAAAAAAAUAGUUUGAAUAGAGUUAUGUUUUUUAUUUCGUUUCCUUUGUGAUUAUGAAAUAAAUAUUCUCAAUAAAUGUUAUGAAAAGAAUCUGAAAUAUCAUCGUAAUGGAUAAUUUUGAGAGACUGGUUAAAAUUAUAAUUAAUAAGAGAUCGAUAUUUGGAUUAACUUUAUUUUAUUAAUUCUUUCAAUGAGUUUUAAAAUUAUAAACCC